GACCACAUGCGACCCAGAUUCAAGUACGCGCUGCCUGUUUUCGCGGGGUUUCUGGUCGGCGCAUCAAGAGACACCACGCACCAGCAGGGCUGUGGGCGUCGUUGUGCGCGCCGGUGGGUGCCUUGCCGCACGCUCGACCCCUCACACAGAAGCGACACAACCGAAACAGCAAUCAAAAUGCGGAAUUCUUGGUGCCCUUGGCUUAUGAGCAGCAGCGGGAAGUAUUGGCAUCCAAUCUACUCCAGGUUUUGCUGCGAUCCCAUGCUCCUGUCACGCCAUCCCAUCAUCACUGGUGGCGACAGCUGUGGCUGGUUGGCUGGUUAUACCGCAUACCUUGGAUUACAGAGCCACCCGACUGACCAUCGGAUGCCUUGUUGGCUUCCCGGCUCGGGCGAAUGGCCUGUUGCACUCGCAUUCUAUGCAAGUGGGCCAUCGAUGCUUGCCAAAUGCCCCUCACUCCGACGAGAUGUUUAUGGUACACCAAAUUGCGUACUCGCCUGCAGAACCAUUUAAUAUGUUCUCGAUCUUCGGCCCAAAUGUUCAUGGACCAGCUUGCCAGCCUUGGAGUCGCGCCGGCCGUAUGUAGAUGAACUCUGUCGCAACCACAUCCCCUGCCAUUCCCUGAGCAUAUAGUGCACUUCUAACACGUUGAGGCCCUCGAAAGGUCCCCUGAAUGGCUCCGGGUUUUCAUGUCUCAAACGGUCGCCAGCUUUGGGCGGGAUGUCCACGCAUCCACGUUUCCACUCUUGGCUCUUCGCCAAGUGCCCAGCAAGUAGGCCAAGAAUUGAGCGAUUAUCACAUUGAGGCUAUGCACGCUUACGAGGC